GGCAGCAGUGCGUGAAAAUUAAACUGAUACCGGUUUGAAAAUCGGCGAUCGAGUGUUGUUAUUUUGCUCAGCUGUGUGCGAAUUUUGUACGAGAAAACCGGAGACAUGGAGAAGAAUUCGUACGCAUCCUUCUCGGAUUAUUUCGACAAAUUGAGGCACAAGACGCGCGAAAUCGACAAGGGCAUCGAGCAGCUCAGCGAGACCUGGAAGAUGCCCCAACUCCUGAUGGGAGGCUACGCGGAGCGGACCGUUGAGGUGGAUGCGUGCCUGGACGAAUUGUCUACCCAGGAUAUUAACGAUAAAAUAAAGGAAUUUCCAUCAGAAGUGAACUCGUCACUAGAUGACAUGGAUCAGUUUUUAAAUGAUUCAGAAAAGAUAUAUCUAGAUUUGAAGGAGCAGUGUGACAAUUUGGAUAUUGUUCUAGCAGAGUUUGGCUAUUAUUAUAAAGAGAAUGACAGUAUGCAAGAAAAACAUUGUCGAGAUGAUAGUAAAGAUAGCACAAAUGACAGUAUUUUAAGACCUGAAACUGAAGGUGUGUCCGAUUUGGAAAUUGAAUUUACACCAUUCCUUACAUGGAGAUGCAAGGCUAAGUCCAAGGAAAAUUAGAUAUUUCCAGCAUGAUCUAUGAAGAACAGGAUUCCUCUAGUUUAGUUUCUGCUGAAAUAAAUAUCCGAUUCACUAUCAAUGCAACUUCAUGUAAAAAGUUCAUUUAUAAGUUAGAUACAAUUUUAUAAAAAACAAAUUUGAAACAUCUUACAAAAAUAUUUUGAGAAGAUAGAUUUUAUUUCAAUAUUUCUUCUCUGUUUUCAUUCAGUAGAAUAUUUAGAUUAAAAACAAUAUUAGUCUACUUUUGAAAAAUUUUUAUAUAAAACACAUAGA